AUGGAAACCCAGGAAGAUGCGACGAGCAAGCAAUCUGGUCGCCCGAGGGUCGAUUUGGAGCCCUAUAAAGCCGAGGUCAUCGCCCUGCACGAGAAAAAGAUGAAGGGUGACGACAUUUGCAAGCACCUAAAGCGACAACAUGAUAUCCAAAUAUCACCGCGAACCCUCACCAAGCGUCUACAGCAUUGGGGAGUCAAGAAAAAGAUGGAAAACUACUCAUCAAACGAAACGCUCCACGCCCGCAUCAAAAACCUCUUCUUCGACGUUGGUCUUGGCGAUGCGGAGAUUGCCACCGUUCUAAAUGAGGAGGGCUACAAUAUCUCACUUCGUACGCUCCGAAGGCUCCGUCACCAGCUUGGAAUCAGGCUACGUCUUGACUCGCCAACCGGACAGCAGGAACAAGUCCAGGAAAUCCUCGAAGCCUUGGUUGAGGAGAUGGACAAGGGAACCAUUGAAGGGUAUGGCAAGGAACUACUGCACAACCAUUUCCGCAGCAAGGGGUAUGUCUUCGCUCGGGACCGUCUCUAUAAUGUAUAUCGCAUGUUGCGCCCGGACACCGUCGAACGCCGGACGAGCGAUGUCCCACGGCGUGCUCCUCCGCCGAAGAUUCUGGCCGGCCCUAACCUGACCUGGCAUGUGAAUAGCUACUCAAAGCUGGCCAAUUUCGGUUUUCGAAUUCACGCUGAGAUUGAUUCGUUUUCUCGCUAUGUCCUCUGGCUCAAUGUUGGUGUUGGUGCUCACACUGCCGUGAGCGUCCUCAAGCAUCAUCUUGAUACAGUAUCUGCUAAAGGCCGUCAACCACGCACCCUCCGAUCUGAUCUAGAAUCCGAAGUACCCCUUCUAGCAGACGCCCACUUUAAUCUACGCCGCGCCGCUGAACCAGAUGUUCAGCGGGAGCAAUGCUGCGCACCUGGGCGAGCCACAGACACCCAUCGCAUUGAAUCCUGGUGGGCCCAGCUUGCUAGAUCAGUAGUGACCCUGUUCUAUAACUAUUUCCGCCAACUCCACACCGAAGGAUUGUUCUCAAGCUCAAUAUUAGCGGACCAAGUUUCUUUACUUGCAAUCUACAUGCCAAUUCUCCGCAGCCAUAUAAACUCCUACGUCCAGACCUGGAACAUACACAACAUCCGCAAACAAAAAGACCACCCAGAACGCGCCCCAGGAAAACCAUACAUGAAUUACCACCACCCACCAAAAGGAGUAGAAAAUUUCGGACUAUCAGUCGACCAGCCCACCUUGCAACUACUCCAAGAAAGCUACAGGGAAUUCGACCCGGAGGAAUACCUUCCGCCAGAUACUCUCCGGUGGUGUGUGGUGCAACUCCAAGAGCUGGAUUUCGAUCCUCACAGCCCACCUGCCCGAUUGCCCGGGGACGUUCAGCCGUUCCGGUCUGUUUAUCUUGCUCUGAGGGAGAGGGCGUGGCGGCAUGAGAGGUCCGGGGCGGAGCCGAAGUUGGCGCUUUGUGAGACUCCUGCUCAGGGGUUAGAGGGAUAUGCUCUUUCGCGGUGA